AUGAUUGUGAAGAACGGAACUAGUUAUGAACAUUCGCACCAUAAUCAAGCAUUACCGCUUGCCGUUGAUGUGGAGAACUCAGUAAAGGACCAGAUUGCGCUUGCGCGCUCAGACACGAGACAGCUCCAAGAUCUGAUUACGAGAGUGAAAGCUAAAGUACGGGACGCCAACUUGGCCCAGAUGUCAAAAAAUGUCCCUUCGUUAAGAGGAGGCAGUGUUAAUUUAGCCUCGCAUCUGACUCUCAACGGUCACAACAACAAAAUUUCCGAUUUUGCUUGGUCGUCAGACUCACAAAGCAUUCUUAGUGCAAGCCAAGACGGCUUUAUGAUAAUAUGGGACGCAGCGCUGGGGUUCAAGAAAAAUGCUAUUCCCCUAGAUUCUCAGUGGGUUCUGACAUGUGCUAUCAAUGCGAGCGGGAACCUUGUUGCUAGCGCUGGAUUGACAAACAAUUGCACAAUUUAUCGAAUCUCUCAGGAGAAUAGAAUCCAACAACAAAUUGUCUCUAUCUUUAAAGGUCACACUUGCUAUGUGUCUCAAGUUGAGUUCUUUGGCGGCAAUGAGGUCAUCACUGCAAGUGGCGAUAUGACAUGCGCUUUGUGGGAUAUCCCAAAGGCUAAAAGAGUGGCGGAAUUCUCAGAUCAUUUGGGAGACGUAUUAGCGCUCGCUUUACCGCCCCCGAAAACGCAACCAGAAAAAACAGUUUUUGCCAGUGGCGGAUCAGAUGGUUACGUUUACAUUUGGGACACAAGAAUGCGAACUGCUGGCCAGAGCUUUUUUGUGAGUGAAAGCGAUGUUAGCACGCUGAAGUUUUUCAACAACGGAAAUGCUAUACUUACUGGCACAGACGAUGGCAUCGCUCGAAUGUUUGACUUGAGAAGUGAUUGUGUGAUAGCAGCGUACUCUUUAAGUCAAGGACUCAGCCAGCGAACGAAUUCGCCCGGUAAACAACACAGUGAGUUUUCCUUGGAGUAUGGCCUUUCGCCCGGUAAAAAUUCUUUUACUAGGGCCACCCGAAGUGCAAACUCAACUUACCUUGACAAUCAGGGAAUUGUAUCACUGGACUUCAGCGGUUCUGGUCGAUUGAUUCAUGCGUGUUACACAGAUUAUGGGUGUGUUAUUUGGGAUACCCUCAAAGCCGAAAUAGUUGGAAAACUUGAAGGCCAUUCGAGUAGGAUUUCGGGAGUCAAAACUAGUCCAGAUGGUAUGGCUGUAUGUACUGGGUCAUGGGACGCGACCCUAAAACUGUGGUCUCCUGAAUAUAUGUAA